AUGAAAGAUCUAGGGGAACUUAAAUACUUCCUUGGCAUUGAGUUUGCCAAGUCACAGAAAAGUAUACUGAUGCACCAAAGGAAGUACAUUCUAGAGUUGAUUUCCGAGCUUGGACUAGGAGCUGCAAAGCCUGCAACAAUACCUAUUGAAGCCAACAUCAAAUUGACCACUAAGGAAUAUGAUGAACAUACCAGCAACUCUAGUACAACUGAUGAUGAAGCCCUAACAGACAUCAACAAAUAUCAAAGGUUAUUAGGGAAAUUACUAUACCUUACUAUCACAAGACCAGACAAAGCCUACAGUGUUCAAACACUAAGCCAAUUCAUGCAGAAACUCAAAAGAUCUCAUUUGGAAGCUGCUCAAAGGGUGGUCAGAUAUGUGAAGAAUCAACCAGGUCAAGGCAUACUUUUAUCUAGCAAGCAGAGACACACUACCACUGCAUAUUGUGAUGCAGACUGGGCAGCCUGCCCUAUCACUAGAAAAUCAAUAACAGGCUUCUUCAUCAAAUAUGGUAGUUCCCUGAUAUCCUGGAAGUCAAAGAAACAAAGCACCAUCUCUAGGAGUUCUGCAGAAUCUGAGUACAGAAGCAUUGCUUCAACUAUAGCUGAGUUGGUAUGGAUACUUGGUAUAUUCAAAGACAUUGGUGUAAAGGUUGAUCUUCCUCUGAACAUCUACACUGAUAGCAAAACAACAAUUCAAAUAGCUGCCAAUCUGUGUUUCAUGAACGAACCAAACAUAUUGAAAUAG